UUGAUUAGACUUUGCACAACCUCACUUAAAGACCCACCAUUUUAGCUGCAUAGUUUUCUUCUUUGUUUUAUGUUUCUUUUUUGGCUCUUUUUUUCUCUCUCUCGCUUGCCUUGUUGUUAGCCACAGUAAGCUAUUCAUUAAAACCAAACUUAAAUUCUCUUUUCUUGAUUUUUUCAUACUAACCUAAACAAAGAACUGAAUUUCAUUCAUGAUGGCUGUUGACCUGCACAGCAGAGAUUCAUUAUGGAUUCCUUCUCAGUUUUUCAACGAAGAGAACAACAAUAAUACUAAUGCUCCCUCAGUGAACAGCAGCAGCAACAACAGUAAACCCGUUAGCCAAAACUGGUCUUCUUGCUUUAGUAAUUGCUCUGAUUUUGGGUCUGCUUUUAGCUCACCAGUUGAGUCAGAGUUUGGUUCCACCGAGUCGGACAGUGACCAAGAAGACGAUUACACUGCUGAGUUGACUCGUCAAAUGGCUCACUAUAUGCUUCAAGAUGAUGAGGAUAGACAUGAAGAGAAGGCAUGGAGCCAAGAAGAGGUAUCCAUAACAGGAAAGUUUGAGAAUUUGAAGAAUAAUGAAGAGAAGCUUGAAUAUAACAGCAGAGAAAGAUUUUUAGCCACUUCUCUUGAACCCACUUCAGCUUCUUUAUCCAUGAAGAAGCCCAAAUGUCAAAGUCUGGAGUUUCAAUCUAGACAAGCUCUAAUUGAUUACCAAAUAAGAGCUAUUCAGUUAUAUAAGCUUAAACAGGAGGAAAUUAUGAAGCAAAAACAGGAGUGUCUGUAUCAGGGACAACAAGGCAAUGGGUAUAAGCAAAUUGAGCUUAAUAAACAACAGGUGAAGCAAUUUCAUCAAAACAAAGGGAGAGCUUGUAGUGGGUUUGGAAAUGGACAGAAGGUUUCAUCAUGGGUUAAUUUGCAGCAGAAACAGAGAACCGGUUCAGAGAUGACUGCAGUUUUUCUUGGUGAACCCGGUUCAAGGAGUGGGUCAUCAUGUGGGACAGGAGUGUUCUUGCCUAGAGGAAUAAGUAACACUUGUGAAUCACGCAAAAAACCAGGAUGUUCCACUGUACUUAUACCAGCAAGAGUAGUUCAAGCCCUGAAACUCCACUUUGACAAAAUGGGAAUUGAAUCAAGACCCAAUGGUGCUAGUUUCCCUGUUCAACUUCAACAACAUGAUGGUGUAAUGGUGGAUGUGAGGUAUGGCCUGCAAAUGAAGAAAAGGAACCAGUCCAAGGAUGUGCAAUCAAUGAACAAUCAUCAGGAGAUGGGUCUGCCUCAGGAAUGGACAUAUUGACUUGGAGCAAGGGGCACAUGCCUUGUUCCUCACUUCUAAUCUCUCUUACAGUUUAUAGAUAAAAGCUGAAAAGAAUUGCAGCUAGGAAAAUAAAGAAAGGGAAAAAGGACAGACAUUUAGUCAAUUUAUAGGGAAACUACAUAGAAUAUGACAACACUAAGGCAGAACAGAUUGCUUCUACAAUUUUAUUUUAUUUUUAUUUUCAACAGUAGUUUAUUAUAAAAAAAAGUAUUAAGAUUUAGAUGGGUCAAGACAAUAAACUUGUCUUGUAAUGAGACAGAAACGGCUCUGUUCCUUUCUUCUAGAUUGCUGGCUGGCUAUAUAUAUGAUUAGUAGUUAUAUUAGUGUUCAGUGCAAGGAUGUGUUUUAUUAUAAUCCUUUGUAAUAAGUUGGCUGUCAGCAAAGUAGCCUGCUUUUGCUUGUUUCUGUAUUCUCAGUUCUGCAAUUCACUAUUGAAGAUUUCAUUUC